UUCUCUACUUUAAGCCUUUAAAUGAUGCUCUUGAGUCUUGACACACACCCUUCACAUCCACUCAAAAACACCUAAACACACACACACACAUUGCACAAAAUGGCAGCAAAUCUUUUAUCAUGCAAUUAUGAAGAUGAAGAAUUCAUAGAUAUGGAAGUAAGUUCAUCAUUAUGUUCAAAUUCACUAUCAAAAAGCAGAGAAUUUGAAUUUCAAAUGACAACUAAUUCCAUUGCUCAUUCAAAUUCACCUGCUGAUGAGCUUUUUUACAAAGGCAGACUCCUUCCACUUCACCUUCCUCCUAGAGUGCAAAUGGUGAAAUCUCUUCUACAAAAUGCUACAUAUAAAGAAGAUGAAGAAUUCAUUACAUUUUCUACACCAAUGGUCCAAUCAUGCAACAUAUCUCCUACUGAAUCUUGCAGGGCCAGUACCGAACUAGGCCCGGACGAAUAUUUCUUCGAAUGGUCAACCGGAUUCAUCGCUGAUCACCCGAAGAAGUACCAUGGUCCAUGGUCAAAGAAGCUUAAGUUAAUCAAAAAAUGUUCAAUAACUCAAAAGCUUAAAGCUUCAAGAUCUUUUCUCAAAUCUUUGUUUAACAAAUCUGGUUGUAAUUCUAAUGGAUACCCAUGUGCUAAACAAGAAGUUGAACAAGACUGUGAUCAAAAUUUCUUCCAGAAGUACUUGAAAGUGAGUAAAAAAAGUGGUAUUGAGCAAAUUCAAACAGGAAAAUACCCAACAUUGGCAAAUGUCUUAAAGGGUAUUGAAGAACAAGGGAAUGAGGAUGUUUUUGAUAGUAAUUGCAACCACAGGAAGUCUUUUUCAGGGGCAAAUAAGAGAAAGUGUUCACAUUCUUCAACAUCAUCUUCUUCUUCUUCUUCUUCAUCUGCUUCUGGUUCUGGUUCUGGAUCAUCAUCUUCAUCAUCUUCUUUUAAUUAUUCUAACGGGCUUUUUGAAUUACAGUUGGUUAAGAGGAAUAGUAGUGCUGAUUCAGAGGUUGAAGGUUCAAUUGAAGCAGCCAUUGAUCACUGUAAAAAAUCCCAACAGGUUUUGAAUUCAAGAAGUCCUGUGUAAUGAUCAAUGUUGUUGAAACCAUUUUUUUCUGUUUAAAUUUUAUUUUCUUUGUUUUAUGAUGAUAUUAUCAUAUAGUGGUCUCAGCAUUUGCUUUUUGAA